AUGGAAGAAUCUAUCUUUUAUAUAUCAGAGGGAGACCCUAAUGAUAAGCAUUCAAAGGGCUCAUUUGGCAUGUCUGCUUCAUUGCCAAAUUCACAAAUCCAUGCUACGUUUAGAAAUGCAGACUGCUCACAGAAUGGAGCAGCUUUGACAGGCGUAGGCUUGGGAGAGAGAUUAUUCGUCGCCAGUCCCAACAAAGCAUUGAUAAAUGUAUACUCAUGGGGAAAGGAGAGUCCCGACCAAAGAAUUCCUGUUCCAGAGCAACUAGAUGCGCUUGCUUUAUGUCAUCAGCCUACAUCUGGAUUACACCAUUCGAACAGAAGUGUACCUCGCUACAGAAUACCUUGGCUACUAGCAGGUGGGGCGAAAAGUGGCAAGCUAUAUAUUUGGGAGCUAGCUUCAGGGAAUUUGCUAUGUGUAAAAGAAGCGCAUUACCAAGGGAUAUCUGUACUCAAGUUUUCUGAAUGUGGGACGUUCUUAGCCACUGGUGGAUUGGACGCGAGGUGUAUGAUAUGGCGAGUUCUUGACUUAGUUUCCAUCUACGGCUCUACAGAUACCACGGUCAGCUCAAAACCGUUUGCUUUGUUCAAUGAUCACACGUUACCGAUCGCUGAUUUAUUGUUCUCAGAUUCUGGAAUUAUUAAUGAUUUAAGAUUAUAUACUGCAUCAAAUGACGGUACCUUAAGGAUUUAUGAUAUAAUGUCAAAGAAUAUUCUAACUACUUUCAUAUUGCCUGAUUGCAUAAACUGCAUUGCUAAAGAUCCUGCGAAUAGAGCCUUAUACGUUGGUCUACUGAAUGGAACAAUUAGAAUGAUACCGCUUUAUCAAAUCAAUCCCAAUACCUCCGUUUUAGAAAGCAUUGGCGGCAAUAGCAAAAUUGUAACACUCGAUAACGAUACUGAAUUAAAGAAUUCCUUUACCCACCAUCAACAAGCUGAUAAUUCUUCCACAAGCAGCACAAACAAGCAAAUAGCACCAACAAAAAUUACGAUAUCUUUAGAUGGCACUAACAUGAUUUCGGGUGACACUGCAGGAAGAGUCAUUGCUUCAGACAUUGUUACCAAGCAAGUGAUAAAAUCAUUCGAGCCUUGUACUGCACCGAUAUCCCAACUUAUUGCUUAUGUUUGCCCAUCUGAGACCGUAGCAGCGGCGAACGGUGUUACUGACAAGAGGCAUAGACUCAUACCCCAGUUUAAAAGAAUACUAGUCGAUCCUGAGCCUUCUGAUCAUUUCCUAUACAUGGAGCUUCCAAAGAAUGAAGACAACAAUGAAUUUGAAGAUUGGAUCCUGAAAUUAACAAAAGAAGAAUUGGAAUUCAAAAAUUUGUCGACAAUUGAUUCAUCUGUCAAAGUUAUGGCCGACAAUAAUGCGGAAGAUACACCCCAGCUUGAAGAGAAGAUGAAGAAGCUCUCAAAAGCCUACACGGACUUAAGAGUGAAGCACCAAGAAUUGUACGAGGAACACAAAAAGUUGUUAAGUACUUUAUAG